AAUACAAACACAACGCGCAGCUGCUUCCCGAUACGUCGUCGGCAUGUCUACCGAAUCAAGCAGUUUAUGAACUGCCUAGAGCCGAUAUGGACGUACAGAACAUCCAAAUCAACUAGGAUCCGCUGCCAGUAUGACCAAAUGGUUACUAUAGAACCACUGACCGUUUUCUUCAACAGAACUAUUUUGAUCAGUAGGCAAAGGACUACCAUGCAACUGCGCGGCGACAUCGAUCCACGACACACAGAUAUGAUGGAUGUCCGUACCCUAGGUUUGCAAGCUCUAUUUCGUGAAACAUUGAUAUAUGAGGCUCCGGAUUCAUCCUGUGGUGUCCUGAAGAUCGGUCCAGUAGGACGAGAUGCAGCAUGCUAUUAUGAUCUCCGAUUGAAAAACUCUUCUAUCGAACGCAUCAUUGAUGGAAAGUGUUGGAGGCACUUUUACAGUGUCGCGCGUCAAGAAAUACAUGUUUACACUCCGCUAUGCCAACAUGAAGUUCAUGCACGCAAGUGAAUGAAUAAUAAACUGCGUAGACAAUUGUAUCGCCUCCACUAUACUAACAUUUCAGCUUACAAGCAACGGUA